CUACUGCUGCAGGGGGUAGACCAGGUUGGGCACGAAAGUCUACGGGAGUUCUGUCGCUGUCACGUACGUCAGGCGCUCACUUGCUGCCCCGCGCUGCAGUUGUCGUACGUCCUCCACCACCAGACCCGCUACCGCACCUCCUCCCUCCACCCCCUCCUGCGUGGAGUGAUGCUCAGGAUGUGCGUGGUGCUGGAGGCAGGGGAGGUGCUGCAGUUGGUGGACCAGGUAGUGCGCCAGCAGGAGGUCAGCUGGUGCGUGGUGCUCUCCCUCAUUGCGGUGCUUGUCAACGCUGCCAGCGACGCUGCCGUUCAGAUCUCACAGCUGUGCUCAGAGUACCUGCAGAAGGGCUGUGCGGCAGAGGACCAGGAUCUGUGUGUGGUGGGGCUGCUGCUGGCGAGGCAGGCGUGCCACGAGCCCACACAGGUCUUCCCCAGCUACCCCCACUGGGUGGCCUCAACCUUCGGGGCCUCGGCCCCCUCUCCCCCCGCUACCACCACCAGGACCUUCACUUUCCUGAUGCAGGUGCUGAGUCAGCUCGUGCCCCAUGACUUACCUUUGUACCUGCGCACCCACGUCACCCAGCAGCUGCACGUCCCCCCCAGCUGCCAGCACCUGCUCAGGGACUAUCAGCUGCUGGCACGCGUCAGGCUCAGGGAACUGGGUGACAGCAGCGCUGGGUCAGCGUGUCAGACGGAGGAGGAGGUGGCGGCGGCCGUGGAGAGCUACCGGACGUCACACCGCCUGCCCAGGACGCUGCUCGAGAUGUCGUCCUUCAGGAGGUCUCACUACCGCACCGUCUUCCUGCCUGCACUCCUGCUGCGCCGGGACGGCCGGCCGCUGGUCGAGGCUCUACAAGCUGCAGGGCUGCUGCCGCCCUCCCUGCUGGCCCAACUUACCGCCGCCGUCCCCUCGCCUGCAGCGCCUCCGUCUGCACCUGCAGACGAAUUGCAGCGCCUGCAUCGUCUGCUGCAGAGGCUCGUGUCUGCCACACCUGGUGGGCUGCAAGAUAUCGGGUCGAGUGAUGUCCCUGUGGAGAUCCGGAGCGCCCUUUGUGAUGCGGGGGGUGCUGUGGAAGCUCUUCUUCGUCCCGAUGCCGCCCUCUGUGAACAGGGCGGCGCCCUUUGCGCUGACGACCCGCUGCAGACCUGCCCGCUCUCCUUACAGGUGCUUGACGACAUCUUGGACUGUGUUGGACACCUCGUGCUGGAGGAGCCCGUGGGCGACGUCCAUGGCGUCCACGGGCGCCGGGAAGACGCCCGUCCAGCGCUGGGGCGGCGCCCCCCGUGGCUGCCCCAGCUGGUGGCGCUGCUUGGGACGACGCCCGCGCUCCAGCAAGCGCUCCUGACGAAGGCGCUGAUGUCUGUCGCUGAGCCCGACUCGUCUGUCGGGGCAAGUGACGAGUCUACGAAGUUGUCAGUGCGGCAGCUGCUGCUGCUGGGGGCUGUGCUGUACGAAGUGCUGCUGCUCGACGGCUUGUUUUUGAGCGCACGCAGGAGCGGCGCACUCCUUCCCCUACCGCAGCUGUGGCUGCACUGCCUCGCGCCGCGCAGCCCCGCCUCCUGCUGGGCUGCCGCCUGGCUCUUGAACGGAUGGUUGUCAUGGCGACAAGUUUGCUCCUCCUCCGAGACAACAACAUGCGAUUUUAGCGGGGCUGGGAAAGCCGCCCCCAGGUUUAUUAAAGUUAAUUCCAAAUCAAGUGACGUCAGUAGAACAACUAUUGACGUGACCACCAGUGGCGAUGACGAUGUGUGCGCCCUCUACCGGUGCGUGGUGUGGCGGUUAGCUGAGCUGCCGCUGCCAGACGCGCUCAGUGAUGACCUGCGCCUUCUUCAAAGUUCAAAGUUCGCUGCUGCUUCUCCGAGUUUGCGUGAGUGGCUGCAGUUCGAGCUGCGAGGCGCCGGUGAUACCACAGCUGUGGUGAGCAGCCAGUCGCUGCUGCAGCUCAGUGCACGGCGGUUCCCCGCCGCCGACGGACGUGCGAUGUUGAGUGCUGCUCUUGACGUACUGGUCGAAAAUCCUGACCUGCAACAGGAGGCGCGGUGGUGCUUGCUGCAGGUGGUGCAGCGAUACGCAGCGCGCCUGUCGUCACCGCUGCAGGAGUCGCUGCUGGAACGGUUACGCCGUGCCGCCCUCACUCCCGACGCCGUCUUCAGGUUGAUGGUGGAGCUUCCCCCUGCGGUGGUGGUGGGGGGGCUGACGGGGGAAGAGGCGAUGCGUCUGCUGCUGCCGCUGCUAUUGUCGCUGAAGAAGACCUCCCCCAGCAUCCACCUGACGGCGGAGGAGACGAGCUGCCUGGUGGGCGCUCUGCUGCUGGUGCGCCCUCAGACGCCCGUCCUUGACGACUGCGCACUACAGCACCUCUGGGAUUCCGUUGCGUUCCACUGGACGUCUGUCAGGUGGGUAUUCGAGGAACGCCUGGGGGCAUCCGGAACACUCAUGCCCGACGUGGUAUUGCCGACACUAAAGGAGCUUUGGAGAGGCCUGGGCCCUCUGGAGAACCCAACUGAUUUACAACGUGCUGCUCAGCGCGUCUCCGACCUCCUCUCACAGGAUCUGACGGCGCAGUACCUGCUGGGUGUGACUUUGGUCUCCCUCCAGCAGCUGCAUUCGCCAAACCCGACAUCAGAACUUGAUAAUUUCAGUGUCAAGUGUAGAAGAAUGUACCUAGAAGCUUUUGUUGCUUAUAUCGGAGAGCAAAUCUUGAACCAUCGAAUGAGCUAUUUUUCAGAACGAGAAGAAGAAGACAUGCAAUUGUUGCGGGUCUUGAAUCGUUGUAUGAACGUAUUCCAGGAGCAGGUGAAUGCAGAUGUUGGAUACUUCACCGAGUCCAUCGCGUCUUUGCCUGUCGCAGAAUUUUCAGGAACAUGCACCUUGCUCGGUUUUGUGCGAGUGAGUCUCAAUAGCCUGGAAGCCCCGCCAACAAGUGGAGACUUGAGUGACCGCGUCAGGAAUCACGUCCUACAAAUACUAAUAUCAAGUCAUUCAUUUUUAUCGCGACGUUUUGACGAGAGCGAUGAAUUGCCGACGCCGGGUACUGAGGCUCCAGAACUGAAUUUGAACUCAGUGGACUACGUGGCGCUGCUGAGUGCACGAAUUGUUAAGCAGCUCCGUGUAACGCCAAGAUCGUGUUUAAUGUUGCUGCCUCCAGCCGUCACUGGCAGUGCUGAGUCUGUAAUAAGAUGUGUGAUCCAGAAACUUAUUGCAAAACCAAUGUAAAGAUCACGAUAAAUCUAAAGGUCACGACAGGUGGACUAGGCUCUGUGGAUGUUGAGGAUUGGCCACAAACGCCUCAGCUACCUAAUAAAGCGCCGUCAUGUGCUAUGCUGACGAACUGCCUGGUUCCCCUGAUGAGACUGCACGUCAUAGAGGACUGCCUCAGCUACAGUUAAAUCCAAUAAAACUGCUAGUCUAAAACAACUGUUCUCAACCCAGACAAAGAUGCUUACCAGGAUGCUCAACGAACCUACCCGGAAGUAAUUUAAAAACCGUAGCCUUAGAAAUUACUAAACCGAAAACUUAAUCAAAAUCUAGCACGAUUCCUUGAUACCGUGCUAGUGGUAUCGACUAGCAUUAUCUACAAAUGAUACCUGUAUUUGUACUGUAUAAAAAAUCUUUAUAACCAUAGGGGAUGGAUUACCCCACUCUGAUUUACGAAUACCGCUAGUAACGCUUGGCUAAACUGUUACUAGAUCUGUCCAUUCUGAGUUUUUGCUUUAUAAUGAAGAACUUGUUACAAUAAUUAUAUUUUUAUAACUAUGAGAGGCUGCUUUUUAAAUUGCCUAAGAUAUUGUUAUAUUCGCGAAUAUUUUGUUUUGUUUGAUUUUGAUGCCUAUUUGUCGUCAGUUGCUGCUAACAUCAACUUCGCAGACCACUUUAAAUGGGAAAAUGUGAAAAUUAUACGAUAACUUUAUAAAAUAAAUUCUUUCAUUUAUUCGGAAUCGAUCCCCGUUGGUUCGCCAUUUCCUGUAUAAAAGGAUAGAGAUUAGUGUAAUUCUAUACGUGCGUGAAGAUUUAGGGUAAUUUCACACAUACGUUUAAAUAUGUAGGGUAAUUUGAAUCCACCUGUUGGGUGCGGUGGAGUCAUAA